AGGAAAACAAAAAAAUCACGACAAAGACAAACGGCAACACUGCGUCCUGUUUGCCGUUUUGGAAACCUAGGUUCCGGCACUCGUGUUCAACUUCUACUUAAAUCUCGUAUCUUUGGGGAAAAAAGUAUUGUCAGUUGAUUUUCUUCGUGUUAUUCUUGAAUUUUUAAAAUCUUGGAAGAUGGCGAUGCACGUGCCCAAGCCCCCGGGUUUCGCCCAAAUGCUGAAAGAAGGAGCCAGGCGUUUCUCCGGCCUGGAAGAGGCGGUGUACCGUAACAUAAAGGCGUGCAAGGAGUUCACGGAGACUGUCAAGACUGCCUACGGCCCAAACGGAAUGAACAAAAUCGUCAUUAACCACAUUGACAAGCUUUUUGUGACAAAUGAUGCAGCCACGAUUGUCAACGAGCUCGAGGUGGAACACCCUGCAGCUAAGAUAAUGGUACUUGCAUCUCAAAUGCAAGAUGAGGAAGUCGGCGAUGGAACAAAUUUUGUUCUCAUUUUCGCAGGCUCGUUGUUAGAAGUAGCCCUACCUUUACUAAAGAUGGGCAUGACACCUGUUAGUAUUAUUGAGGGAUAUGACCUCGCUCUUAACAAAGCGCUGGAAGUCUUGGAAAAAAUGGUCUGCCAUGAAAUUAAAGAUUGCCGGGACGAGGAAAACGUUACAAAAGCAAUAAGAUCCGCUGUCAUGAGCAAACAGUUGGGCUUUGAGGACUUCUUGGCUAAACUUAUCACUAAAGCAUGCAUUUCCAUCAUGCCAGAAGAAACAACAUUCAAUGUAGACAAUAUCAGGAUUUGCAAAAUUCUCGGAUCAUCUGUCCUCAAUUCGGAAGCCGUAUUGGGCAUGGUGUUCAAACGUCAAGUUGAAGGAGAAGUCACGAAAAAGACAGAUGCUAAAAUCGCUAUUUACACUUGCCCUGUCGACGUUACCAUAACAGAAACAAAGGGAACGGUGCUUAUUAAAUCUGCCGAUGAACUUAUGAAAUUCAGCAAAGGAGAAGAGAACCUCUUGGAAAAACAGAUUGAAGCAAUAAAAGCUGCCGGAGUCGAUAUUAUAGUCGGCGGUGGCAAAUUUGGAGAUAUGGCGCUUCAUUUCAUCAAUAAAGCCGGAAUGAUGGCCGUUAGGUUAAAUAGUAAAUUUGAUAUCAGGAGGCUCUGCAAGGCGACGGGAGCAACAGCUCUUCCAGUCCUUGCACCACCUACAAAAGACGACCUUGGGUUUGCCGAUAAUGUUUUUAUCGACGAGAUCGGAGAAACGUCAGUUGUCAUUUUCCGACUCGAAGGGAAAGAGUCUAAAAUUUCAACGAUUAUCAUUCGUGGAGCAACCGACAAUUACAUGAAUGAUGUCGAAAGGGCAGUUGAUGAUGGAGUGAACACUUUUAAAAGCCUUUCAAGGGAUGGAAGGGUGGUCCCUGGCGCUUGUGCCGUCGAAUCACAGAUUGCAAGGCACGUUAGAGAUUAUGCAGACGAAGUACCUGGAACUUCUAGGCUGGCAGUAAUCGCUUUUUCUCAAGCCUUGAUGGAAUUUCCAAAGGUGCUGGCAAAAAAUUCAGGGAUCAAGUCAAAGGAGGUUAUGGCCGAAAUGUUUAAAGUACAUAAAACAGACGAAGGACGUAAUAAAGGAAUCAACAUCGAUAUGGAAAACGAAAACAACCUCAUUGAUUCAAACAAAGAAGGCAUUUGGGACUUGUAUAACCUGAAAUGCUGGGGGCUUAAAUUCGCAACUUCAGCUGCUAAAACAAUAUUGAGAGUUGAUGAAAUCAUCAUGGCUAAAAGGGCUGGAGGCCCUGCGCCUAAAGGGCCAAAAGGAAAUGAUGAAGAUGACUAAUUGCUUUUUCUCCAUAUAAUUUUUUUUUUUUUCACCAUCUGCAGAAACAAAAAGUGUUCACUAAUUUGCUACUUUAAAACCCUUUAGAUAUUUAAUGUUUUAUGUAUAAUUAAAACUAAUUUUUCUAAAAA